AUGGGAAAAUUGGCUGAAAUAUGUUGUCGGGUGGUUGCUCAAGAACUUAGCUGGCUUAGUUUUGCUGAGGCUAGAUAUAUAAUUGAGAAUUUACCAAGUGCUCAAUGUGUAGAACUCGUUUGGCAGCAUUUAUGUCAAAAUAUGAAAGAUUCAAAAACUCUAUAUCUAUUAAUGCAAAACCACCCUUUAAUCGCCGGAGAAUUGGAUUCUACAGGUUGGUAUGGGCACAAAAUUAGCUAUCGUAGACAGUCGGUGCCGAAUUUGGAUCUUGUAGAAUCGAUAAGGUUCUUCAAUACACUUGAAGGGCAUGCCAAUUAUCAAUUUCUUACCAUUCUAGAAUUACAGAACGAUAUGCCUGGAUUAGAAUCACUGGUAAAUUUACCUUCGUUAGUGGAAUUAUCGGUAGCUGGUAUCAGCAGGCCUGAACAGCUAGUAACAUCGUGGCAUAGAGCUUUAAAAGUGGAUUCAAGGCGUUGGAGUCAAUUAAAGGUACUAAAUGUCCCUCAAUUGACGAGUCCACGACUGUUUUUCGAUUCUUGGCAAUUGAUACCUUCAUUGCUCUGGAUGGGUGUAAAUUUAGACGGGAAGACCAUUGGAAAUAUACCAAAAUUAAAUCAAUUGGUUAUAGAGGCUCCCAUAAAGGCUCCUAUGGAAAUUUUAUGUUGGCUACAGGAGUGGCAAACUAUGGAAAUCGAUGGUAAAGUCAUGAUAGAGUUAGAUGUAAAUCCAAAUCUUGUAAUACCUUCUAUACCAAGUUACUUCCCCUUGGAGGCUAGAUUCUCGAAGCUACCUGGUACAUAUGGAUACAUGCGCCGAUUGACAAAUAAACGCACAGAAAUCCCUGAACAAGAUGAGGUUGAACGUCCAAAAACGAAACGACCAAAACAUCGUGGAAUCAGAAGGGGGGCUUCACUGCAACGGUUUUUCGGAUGGGGAGGACUAUAA